GCAAUUGUCGAAGCUAGAGGAGGAAAGAAAUCGGAGAUGUCAGGAGCCCAAGGAGCGAACCCCCCGGGCAGUCGCACUGCCACCGCCUACAGCAUGGCUCCCGGAGCGAACACCGAGAGCACUAAGGACCGCGUGGACAGCACUAAGGACGCCUCCGGGGUGCCUAUCGUGAGUGAGUCUGAUGGCGUCAAGGACUCUGCGGGUCUGGGCGGUCCCGUGUUCGGCAACCGCGACGAUGGUACAACCGAAGGCGACCAGAAACCCGAUCUUGCCGUCACCGGGUCAGCUUGAGUGAGACUCGAAUCGAAUUCUACGGAAGAUUGCGGAGCUCCUCUCGGCGUGAACCGAUGCUUCCGUGCGAUCGAAAUCUGGCAGUAGCUACUCGAAAUCGAAAUCCGUGAGAUCGAAAUCAGGCUUUGCUUUUGCCUUAUGCUGGCCGAAACUGUGCGUCUGCAUGCUUAUCACGACAGAGGACGCGGAGCUGAAUCGGAGCUACGCAGGUGGGAUGCACAUGGAGGAAAAUCCUGGUCCCAUGUUGAUCACUCUGGAUUCAGUGUCUUAUUGUGUACAACAGAAAAUUAUAUCCUGUGAUAGGUGGAUGAAGUAGGAGUCUCGCUCCAACCAUAUGUCACGUUCGGCUUUGCCUUGUACAAACUUUGUAAAUUAACUAGUUCUAAGUUGCAGCAAGCGAUAAUCAUCGAGGUGCCUCUUAAAAUCUGCAAAAAAUUGUGUUCGACGAGCUAAACAAGUUUGGAGCUCGGGAUUAUACAUGAUGCUUACUCUCUGC